AUGUUCAAUAUUAAACUUAUAGUUACAACAACUUCCAACCCUUUCAUAUUUAUUUGGAAGUGGUCUGUGCCUUAUAAAAAUCGAAACCGAGAUACAGACAUACAGUAUGCCAAGAUUUGGAAAUUUGGUGUCGAUAAACAAUCACUGCGAGAGAACAUCCUCUCAUGCUUCCCAGAUAUACAGUUGGAUACCAUGUCAUUGGAUGAAGAAUAUAUUCGACGACUGGUUCUGAAACGAUUCCUCCAUCAAAACCACAUUAAAGACAAUAAGGAGCAACAACAUGCAGAGAUUGACAGCGAUCUCCCAAACAAAGCGAAAGCGGGUGAAAUGAUGCAGCUCGCGCCUGAAGAGACUUGGGAGUGCAUCCCGGAGGGUCUUCGAAACACUCUUGCGUCAUUGAAUGCGAUUCAUAUUGAAGAGAAACUCAAUAUUCUCAAAGCUCGCGCGUAUCAUACCCCUCAUGGACGCGCUAGUCUAUCAAGAGCCCUGAAUAGCAUCCGCAAGGUCUUCCAGAUCUGGAGACUAGGCUUUGCUAAUGCUGUUAGCCGAACAGAGCGGGUUGGAGUCAACAUAUUCUUUGUUUUCCUCGCGUUCUGUGCAGUAUACCCCGACAUUGCUGCGGGGUUUUUGGGCGAGAGAUCCUAUAACCAACGGUCCAUCGGAGGACGAGUCGUUACUUUGUUUCAGCUCUUCUUCCUCUGGAUGUAUCCAUAUCACCCAUUCUUAUUGUUGUUCACAUGGAGUUUAGAACGGCUACUAGGCGCCUUUGUUGGCAAUACUGUCUAUGCCCUUGCUGCUGUAAUACCGUCUCUACGUUUGGUGCACAGCGAAGUAUGGUUCCGGACGAUGAUGCUGGUGUUGUCGCUGAGCUGGCAGAUAGGCGUACAAUUUGCUAUUACAGUUCGGGACUAUACACUGAGACUCUUGGUAAGGCGGCAAAUGCGUUUGCACCGUCAGAACACCACCUCACAAGAAGGCAUCAACUGGGCUGAAGCUGACAAGGAGAUUGCAUGGGAACUUUUGUCACUGGAGGACUUUAUAACAAUAGGGUCACAAUCUAUUGAUGGUGAUCUGACCUGGGAUCAAGUACCAAUUAAAGUACGCAUUGAAAGAUACGUCAAAUUCACCAGUACUUACCGCCUAGGGCGACCGGCAGAUCAGCUGAUUAGUCUCUUGAAGGACGACAUGGAAGCGAUUCUCGCCGUUUAUGAAGACUAUCGUUUAUCGUCCAAACAGAUACGCGAGCCGGAAUCUGACAAGAGUUUUGCGGAACCACGUUUUCCCAAACUACUGCUGGUUUGCAUAGCUGUGGCCGUUUUUACGUACGUCUGCUACUCCUUCUGGCCACAACCUUUCACCUUCAAUACCAUCGUGGCCUAUAGUACCGUUGUCAUUAUCAAGCAAAUGAUUUUGGCCUUCAAACGCUACCAGACGGUCAAAAGUGCAUUGCGGCUCUUUACAAACAUGGUGUCCAUCAACAUCUUAGGCAUGCUCUUGGUUUCCACCCCCGUUACGGCCGAUCCAAAAGUGCUUCAAAAUAAUGUCAACAUGGUAUUAUUGACAUUGGCAAUGGUAUUUUCUACGCUCUUUCUAGCUGAGCUAAUUGCCCCAUUAUUACUCUUGGUAAUAGAAUAUAUCAUACUGUCGUGCGGUGUCUGGUAUACAGCUAGGUAG